AAUUUGAAUUACGAUGGAGUUCAGAUACAGAGCCAUCGACAUCGAUCGGCCACCUCCUGUGAAAGACACGGCCCCAUCUCAGUCUCUGAAUCCAAACUAUUCCUUCUUCUCGGCACUACCAAUCCCAAUCCCAGGAUGGAACAUAAUACCAGGAUGGGACUAUGUUCAACGAGAGAUUGAGAAGGAGCAAAUCCGUCGUGAGAUCAUUGCAGCGGAAACUGCGAGAAGAAAAGAGCUUAUAGCUGAGGUUGCACAGGAGAUGGCCAUCGAGAGAGAAAUGGCGAUUAAAUGUAUGGCAGAGAAGGAGGAUAAGAUAGCUAUGUGGAUCACUCAAAGGAAGCUUCCACAUCAGAACCACAACAACAACUUUUCUAAACUGAAGCGUACUUACAGUGAUCCUGCCAUCUACACAAGGCCCAACAGUCUAGUUACAUCACCAAUGAAGCAAAUGCCUCCACUACAGCAAAUGCUUGAGGCUACAGCAGCUAAGGAAACGCCAGUUUUGGAGUCUAACAAGGACAAGUUGAUUAUAUUGGAUAGGCCUGAUCCUAUCGGAGGGGAUGCUAAAACUCGUCUUGGAAGAGCUAAGCGUAAGGCAAAGGAUGUUGAGGGAGGUUUGAACGAACCUUCUAAAAGGAAGAGGCUGUUUAAGUUUUGGUGCGACCUUUGUAGUGUUGGGGCCUGUAAUGAAACAGUCAUGAGGAAUCAUGAGUUAGGAAAAAAACAUAAAGCUGCUAUUAAAAAGCAGCCUGAGAAGACGGCUGCUUCAACCUCCGUCAUCAUAGCUCCUGCUUCCCUUGCAGCUCCACAAUCAGAAGCUGUUACAGUAGUGGCAAAUGCUCAGCUUCAGAAAGUGGAGGAAGUGGCGGCGAAAGAAACUGGAAAGAAGAUAGAAGGUGAGAAGAAAAAGUCGGUAAUGGUUCGGUGCGAAGCUUGUAACAUUGUGACGUAUUCUGAGAAUGUGAUGGAGACUCAUAAGCUUGGGAAAAAACACAAGGCUAUGCUUAAGAAACAUUAUUCUGAGCAGUUGCUGGAGAUUCACAGGCUUGAGGAAAGAGCAUCUACAGUCACAGUGAAAUCUUUAGAUGCUGAUCCAAGCGAGGAAGAAUCAAUGGUUCAUUUCUUGGAAAAAGCCUCUAGCUAGCUGAUUUAGCUACCAAUAUCAUUACAGUUCCAGUGACAUAGAAGGUUAUAUAUAUGGAA